UUUAACACAAUGCCGACGCCUACGCCGUGCGCAACGCCCCGCCGGCGCAACAGCCCGGCGCCGGGGGCGGGGGUGGCCCAGACAGGGAGAGAGGAUGAGCGCGCGCGAGAGCCGGAGACAGCGCGAGACCCGAGGAGGCCGGAAGCGCGCGUGCGCGCCCCCGCCCGCGAGCGGGAGGCGGAGCCGCAGCAGUAGCGGCAGCAGCUGUAGGAGCCGCUGCAGCUGGGAGAAGCGCCAGAGAGGCCGGGCCUGCUCCGGUCGGACCGGAUCCCUCCCCUCCCCCUCCCUUCUCCCUCCCCUCCCCCAAACCCACUUCCGCAGCUCGCGGCCUUGCCGCCGAAGCAGCAGCGGUGGUAGCAGCAGGAGGCGGCGGCGAGGCGUCGGAAGGAUUACGCACCUGACGGGCCCGCCUCCCAGGACUCCAGCGCGGGACGCUCACCGGCCGCCGCCGCCUGGGACGCACUUCGCGGUGGCGGCGGGAAGGGAGGGACCGGCCACGGGGAACGGAACGCGAAUCGCCCCCCUCCCCUUCCUCCCUCCCUCCCUCCGAUCCGCCGCCCGCCCUCUCGGCUUCCGUCCCCUCCCCCUCCCGCAAGGCCCCGGAUGGAGCCGCCGCCGACUCGCCGCCGCCUGGCUCCGGGGGAUGGUUUUGUCAGGCGGCCAGAGCCCGGGCGCCAGGCGCAGCCGCCGCCGCCCCCACGAGGCGCCCCUGCCCUCGCUUCCCAGAACCGGGUUCCCGAGUGGCCCAGGCCCUCCGCCUGCCUGCACCUGGAGCUCUGGGACGCGGGUCAUUCGUCGUCUUUGUUGCCACCGCCGCUGUCGGAACCGUUUGCGAGCUCCGGUGGCCCCCGCCCCCCCCCGCCUUCCCGGAGCCGGGGCCGGGGGUGGCACGUGGGCACCGGCCCCGGUAGGCGGAGGCGGUGCGCGCUUACCUGUCGCCGGUGCUGCUGCGGCGGGGGGUGUGGAGGAGGCGCCGCUGGGCAGCCUCGGCCGUACUGUCCUCCCCGCCGCCGCCGCCUCUACCUCUCGCUGCUGCUGCUGCUGCUGCCGCCGCGGUCGGUGUCUCCGGCGCGGCGGCGGCGGCGGCGGCGGGGCUUUUCCUGUCCGGUUACGUUAAGGUCACAUGACCGAGAGAGCGGAGAGACUAGUGCAAAGAGGCUGCGAGCGGCUCCCGCCGGGGGGGAGAGGCGGCGAGAGAGCAGUGGCGGCAAGAGCCCCCUCCGCCCCCCCCAGCCGCUCCCCUCCCCCCGCCCGCCUCCGCCUCCUGCUGCUCUGCCGCCGCCGCCGCCGCCGCCGCCUGCAGCACUCCACUGCCGCUCCCACCCAGGCUCCGCGCUCUGCUCCAGCCAAACUUCUGCAGACCAUGUGCAGGCGAGGCGAGGAAACUUCUCUCCACCUAUUGGGGCUGGAGGCCUGAGUCACAAGCCCCUUGUUUACAUAAAGUAUUUAGGUAGGACAAGUCAUUGAGGUGUUCGCCGUACGGAAGGAGAGCCGCUGCUCGCAUUCUGCUGGCUUUUGCUUGAGAUCUUUUGGCCCUUACCUUUGUCCCUCGACUUUCCGUGUUUCACUUUUAAUCUUGAAAUGGAGUGGCCUUCAGAACCGGGGAGAUACUGUAAACCACCAGUAUCUUUUUGUCACCAGUGGUGACAAACUAGUUGAGUGAUGUCAGAUAUUUCUGUCAGGGUUGAAUUAGAUGGUUGUUUCAGCAACUGGGUUUUCGUUUUUGAAGUUUUGGUCUCCCCCAAAAAUGAAAGUCUGUAAUGCAUGUUAAGAAUUUAUUCUCCUGUUAGGUUUUGGUGUUUGAGGUGUGGAUUCCAGAGUUGGCUAUUCUGUUAGAGGUAUGGAACAUCUUUUAACGGGGAGAUCCUGAAACAUGCAAACAUGGCAGGGAAGUUAGAAUUUCCUGAUGGUCAUUUUAAACAUUUUGACGUUUACUUUUUGGUUGUUGCCAUUUUUCUAGGAUUCAUGUCUUUUUUGGGGAAGUACAGUUUAGUUCUUUGAGGACUACAAUUUAAUGAUUUCUUUAUUUUACACAUGUAGGAGUUUUUUGAGAUUUGGGAAGGAUAUGGAUAUGGCUUUAUUCCUAAGGAAAUGGAGGCAGUAGUUUCGAGGAUACUCUCCUUUCAAGACAUGCUAACCUGGUUAUGAUAUCUAACCGAGUCUGGUUGAAUGUCUGGCACAUAGUUUACAAAUCAUUUAAGGGAGGCUUACUCUCUUAAGACAAUUUAAUACGUAGAAGUGUCCCCUCCUAAAAACCUGAGUUUGAUUUAGCAAUCCAGUUAUACCUGCAGGUACUGAUGACUAAUUCCUUCUUUGAAGACAAAAUAAGCAGCUGUAUAGCUUCACUGGUAGAUUCAGUGUAUACUUGCCUUGAACUUUCCUGUUUUUUUGAUCAGCUAGACAAAUGACUUUAGUGAGUAAAUGUCUGUCUACAAAACCAAAUUCUGACCCUGAUCUAAAUGGUAUCCCAGUGCACCGCUAUCACAGAAACAUCAAAGGUAGCCUUCAGAUAGGCAUUCCUGGUUCCUUGGAUUGACUUGAGUAUUGAAUGAGGUCUGUCUCAUCAUAUUAGGGGACUAAAAUGAUUUUGGUUGUUUUGUAGAGAAUCAUAAUUAGAGAUCUGUAAGUUCUUAAUUCUUUUGGACUUUGAAAAUUUUCAACCUUAUGUCGGUGGAAGUGGUCAUGUGAAGAAUGAAACUGUUUUAAGAAAGAAAGGAAAAGUGGGCAAAACUAAUGCUAAACUUGAGACUAUUGGGCAGAAAUUUGCCUAUGUGUAUAGUAAUUGGUCUUGAGUCAAAGUAACUAUGCUUAUUUUUAAGAUCACUGAAUAUUUCCUAGUGCUGCACUCUUUAUGUAGGUUUGCUUAUAGAAAUAAACCCAGGGGUAAGCCCAGAAACUGAGUACCAGUCCUAAAGAAAGUCUUAUCAAGAGCAUCUAUUCUCUUCAAGAGCUGCUACUGGAAUUUAGGACUGGGCUGUUUCCUGCUUAUUCUCUCAAGGCAUAUGCAGCCACACUUGAAUUUUGCCAAGUAUGCAGAUUAUUCCAACUUGUAGUCACAAUCAUCAACUAAUAGCGUUAUGACGAGAGCUAUACAGACCGUGUGUUUUCUACAGCUUGUUGAAAUAGAAGCAUUUAGAUGGAUAAAUAAAUCUGCAAAGGUUGAGGAGAAAACAGUAGUCCUAGCAGAGAAGAGCUAGUGUAUUUCAGGAUAGGGCCAAGGAAAGCGUCAGUUGUCUAGUAAGUCUCGUUUUGGGAGAGCCGCAAAGGUCCCUAGUACAGUAAUAAGAAAAAUAGGCCGGGUGCGGUGACUCACGCCUGUAAUCCCAACACUUUGGGAGGCGGAGGCAGGCGUAUCAUGAGGUCAGGAGUUCAAGAAGACCAGCCUGCGCUACAUGGUGAAACCCUGUCCCUACUAAAAAUACAAAAAAUUAGCUGGGUGUGGUGGUGGGCGCUUGUCAUCCCAGCUACUCUGGAGGUUAAGGCAGGAGAAUCACUUAAACCUGGGAGGCGGAGAUUGCAGCCAGCCGAGAUCUCGCCACUGCACUCCAGUCUGGGCAGCAGUGUUAGAGUGAGACUCUGUCUCAAAAAAAAAAAUAAAUAAAUAAAAUAAGUCUGGGCAUGGUGGCUCACACUUGUAAUCCCAGGACUUUCUGAAGGAUCUCUUGAGCCCAGGAGUUCCAGAUCGGCCAGAGCAAUAUAAGGAGACUACAUCUAUUAAAAAAGAAAAAAAAAUUAGUUUUGCAGUGAGCCAUGAUCGCACCACUGUACCCUAGUCUGGGCAACAGAGUGAGAUCCUGUCUCUAAGAAGAAAAAGAGUUAAAUGGCUGUUUAAUUAUGUGCCAAUUUAUUUUGGUAUUUUGAAAAUCUGGUAAAUUAGGAAUUCAAAAAUAGUUUGUAACACUUUCUACUUCAAAGAAAAUUACAGUGCAGGCAGUCUGAGUGGAUUCAUCAAAAGUUAUACAUGAAUAUUCUGCAGAGUCCGGUGUUGCUGAAAGUUUUGAUUUGUGUUCCGCUGAGACACAGCCACAAAAAUACACACUUGCUUGUGUUCUGAAGAAGACUGGUAAAUUAUUUUUAAAGAAUUUAAACUGUAGAACUGUUUGCUGUCUUCCAAUUUGCAGACCUCUAUGUAAUGAGAGUUGGACAGUGAGCAGAAAACAAUUUAAUAAGACUGUACUUGAUCUAUUGUGUGAGUGUGUGCGCUUAGGUUGAAGAUGGAAUUUCCUUUAACAUUGACAAGAAAAGUAGUAGUAGAAAAAAAUAAUAAAGGUGCUUUGGGUCCAAAGCAGCAUUUUUCACUAAUUUUAUGAAGGCAGUCCUGUUGAGUAACUUCUUAAAUUAGGAGAAUGAUGUGCUUUUGUGUGUUAGAUGUUAAAAUCUAGGGUAGAUACCAUGUCCUGUGUGUUAUGAAACUUAGCAUAUACAUCAGAAAAGAUGUAGUGUGAGGGUGUCUUACAUGGUUGGUUUGGUCAUAAAGUUUAUAGAAAAUGCUUGUUUUAUAGUUGGUUGUUACUGAGACGAGUCCCUCAAGGGAUUUCCUAUGCUCUAGGGAGCUUUUCGUUUUAUAUUUACUUGUUAGAGUUGUGGGUUUUAAUGUUUUCAGUUGUGCUUGUAAGAAACAUUUUAAUUUAACAAAAUUUUUAGGAAAUAGUACUUGUAUUAAGAGUGAUAUACCAUGCUAUCUUCUAUUUCAUUAUUUUAAGUUGAUAUUUCUGCCUUAAAUUGAUUUAUUCAACUACUAAUAAGUCAGGACCCACUGUUUAAAAAACACUGGUGUAUUCUCUUGGUGUUACAAAUUAACCCAAAACUCAGUGGUUUAAAACAAUAAACGUGUGUUUUCUCAUGUGAUUUCUGUGGGUCAGGAAUCUCGGAGUAGCUUAGUUAGGCGGUUCUGGGUCAGAGUUUUUCAUGGGGUUCCAAGGUGGCUCUCAUUUGGCAGGUCACCUAUGGCUGAUGAUGAAAGUUCUCCAUUGGACUGCUUGAGUGUCCUCACAACAUGGCGGAGGCUGGCUACUCCCAGAGCAGGUGAUUCAAGCAAGAGCAGAGAGGAAGCCACACAUCAUCACUUAUGCCGUAUUCUAUUAAAAACAAGUCACUUAAGUCCAGCCCAAACUUAAGGGAUGAAUAUCAAAGAAUUAUGGACAUAGUUUAAUGGCAGCCACAGUUACAUGUUUUUACACUUUUAUUAUUUAUUUAUUUAGAGAUGAAGUCUCGAUCUGUCGCCCAGGCUGGAGUGCAUCAGCGUGAUCUCAGCUCACUGCAGCCUCUGCCUCCUAGGUUCAAGCCUCCUAGGUCCUGCCUCAGCCUCCCGAGUAACUGGGAUUACAUGCGCCCACCACCAUGCCUGGAUAAUUUUGUAUUUUUAGUGGUGACGGGGUUCCUCUAUGUUGGCCAGGCUGGUCUCGAACUCUACCUCAGUGAUCCACCUGACUUGGCCUCACAAAGUGCUGGGAUUAAAGGUGUGAGCCACUGUGCCUGGCCUGUUUUUCCAUUUUAUUUUAUUUUAUUAUUUAUUAUUUUUUGAGACGGGGUUUCGCUGUUGUUAGCCAGACUGGAGUGCAAUGGCACGAUCUCAGCUCACCACAACCUCCGCCUUCUGGGUUCAAGCAAUUCUCCUGCCUCAGCCUCCCGAGUAGCUGGGACUACAGGCGCGCACCACCAUGCCCAGCUAAUUUUUGUAUUUUUGGUAGAGACGGGGUUUCACCUUUUUGACCAGGAUGGUCUCGAUCUCUUGACCUUGUGAUCCACCCGCCUCGGCUUCCCAAAGUGCUGGGAUCAUAGGCGUGAGCCACCGCGCCUGGCCUCUGUUUUUCCAUUUUAUAGGUGAGUUCGGAUUGAACCAAAAGCCAUGCUGAAGUCAAUCUGUAAGUAAUUAUCUUAGUUAAUUAAGUCAGUUUUUUUUCUCUGAAGGCAUUGAGGAAGCAGGCUCAAAGAAUUUGAGUAAUUAAGCAGCCCAAGGUCAUUCAGUCUAGGAAAACCUCACAAAUUUUCUCUGUGACCUUUCUCAUUAAUAAUAUGUAAGCUGAUAAAAAUAAGAAAAUUGGUUGGUAAAUUUUUUUUCAAAAGAAAUUAUACUGUAGAACUCUUUGCCAUUCUUCCAGUUUGCAGAACUCUGUAUGAUAAUAUACUUUACAGAUAAUGCUUGGUGUCUAGAUUCCUCAUACUGGCACACCUCUUGUUGAUUUUUAGAGGAAAAAGCAAAGGUACUCAUUAAAUGAAUUCAAACUACUUUCAAUAGACCAUUGCAGAUGCUGUCUGUGUACUCACCAUGAGAUGUACUAUGCAAACUAAUUCUAGUUAUCACAUUUUGAGACUCAAAAGAGGAUGUUGUGACUUAAAGAUGGUCAGAAUUUAAGUGUUCUUUCUUAGCAAUUUUGGAUCUGGAAGGAUUUUGUUCUAAGACUAGUUUCAGCUUAGUGAUAGGAGGAAUAGGAUGGACCUGACGUUGGUAGUGUGAGCGAAGGCAGGAUAAAUUUCUAAAGACCUACUUAAAAAUGUUUUUUAAUCCAUUAGGCUUUUCUGAAUAAUAGGUUGGGAUACAAUAAGUUAUCUUACACCUUUUGCUUUACAGAAUGGGAUAAUGGCUACUUAAACCUCUUUUCAAUUUUCUCUUACCACUCUGAUUCUUUCUAUUCUGACUUAAAGCCCUAUUUGUACACACUUACUUUGAUUACCCCUACACUUUAUUUUUUUGAGCCAGAGUCUUGUUCUGUCGCCCAGGCUGGAGUGCAGUGGCAUGGUCUUGGUUCACUGCAACCUCCACCUCUCAGGUUCAAGCGAUUCUCCUGCCUCAGCCUCCCUGAGCAGCUGAAACUACAGGCGCGUGCCAUCACGCCUGGCUAAUUUUUUGUGUGUUUUAGUAGAGAUGGGGUUUCACCAUGUUAGCCAGGCUGGUGUUGAACUCCUGACCUCGUGAUCCGCCAGCCUUGGCCUCCCAAAGUGGUAGGAUUAUAGGCGUGAGCCACUGUGUCCAGCCUGAUUACCCUUUCUACUUGUUAUUUGUCUACCUAUAUCUUUUUUUUUUUAAUAUAUAUUUUAUUGCGUUUUAGGUUUUGGGGUACAUGUGAAUUGUUGCAUAGGUACAUACAUGGCAAUGUGGUUUGCUGCCUUCCUCCCCAUCACCUAUAUGUGACAUUUCUCCCCAUGUUAAUCCUUCCCCAACUCCCCACCCGCCGCUGCCCCUCCCCUGUUUCCCCCUUUUGUCUACCUAUAUCUUGUAUCCCUCACUCUGACUGUAAGCUGUUUGAGGGACGGGAGUUCUUUUUAUAUGUACUCUGGUGCUUGAAUGCUUGCAGAAUUGAAUUUGUAGUUAAAGGACCUAAGACAGUGAUCAUUUUCCUACUACAACUGAAUGAAAAAACUGUUGAUUGUUCCAGAAAGCAUCUGGGGAUAGGCAUUAGAUGCUGGUGAUGCAUAUAUGAAUCUUUGCUCUUCAGGUGCUCACAGUCAAGUGGGGGAGAAAAACACAGAUAUCUAAUACACAAUUUAUACUGCAGAUGUGCAGAGUGCUGUGGGUGUGUAGAUAAGGUUGAUAUUUAAGCUGAAUCUUGGAGGGUGAGCAGGUGUUUAAAAGAUAGACUUAGUUUUGUGAUGUGCUUGGGGGGCUGGGGCAUUUCUUAGCUUCAUUCCUUUAUUAUAUGUCUCCUUUGUUUUCCUUUUAUUGUUGGUGAGUUACCAUCAUAAUUUAAUAAAUUGCUUCUUUCUGUGGCAUGUAUAUUCUUGUCAUGUUAUUUCUCUAGAACUGUGCUGUCCAAUUAAUGUCACACUAGUAAUGUGUGCUGAGUAGCCACCUAUUGCUAGAGGCUACCAUAUUGGACAGCACAGAUAAUACAAAACAUUUCUAUUAUUGGAGAAAAGUUCAGUUGGACAUCAUUGCUCUCUAGAAUCAUGUUUCUCUCCCUGUUACAAAACAUUUCUACUAUUGGAGAAAAGUUCAGUUGGACAUCACUGCUCUAGAAUCAUGUUUCUCUCCCUGUUUUCACGUUAUCAGUAACGUAUUGAGUUCAGAAUAGAAUUAGGAAACUUAAUAGCCUCCUAAUAAUGUCAUUAGGAGGGACAGAGUGGUUGGUUAUUUAUGAACAGUCGGGGGAGAGAGUAGUGGUUUGUAGUGGUUGAGAAUAUAGCCUUUGGAAUCAGAUCUGUGUUAGAAUUAUGGUCCAUCCCUUAGACUGUAUGGCUUGGGCAUGUUACUUAACCUCAGAGCCACAAGUUUUCCUUUUCCUCAAAUAGGGAUAAUAAUUACUACCUCCUAGCAUCGGGUGAGUAGAAAAUAAAACAGUAUAUGGAGGGGGGCAUAGCACAGUACCUCAGUAAAUGAUAUAUUUUGAAAUAAUCACUGAUUUAAAAAAAUUAGAAUUAUAUAGUAAAAGUGACUUUUUUGUUUUUUCAGUAUACAGUUCUGUGAAUUUUAACAUAGUAUUUGUCUAGUCACCAUCAUGAGAAUAUAGGCCAGGUCUAUCACUUUAUUUUGCUGUCUUUUUAUAGACCUGUGCUGCUUCCACCCCAUCCCCUAGCUAUGAAUGAUCCGUUGUCAAUCACUGUAGUUUUACUUUUUUUUUUUUCUCAAGUGGAGUCUUGCUUUGUUGGCCAGGCUGGCAUGCAGUGGCGUCAUCUUAGCUCACUCUUCCUCCUGGGUUUAAGCGAUUAUUCUUCCCUGGCCUCCCUGCCUCAGCCUCCAGAUGUGCCACCUCGCCUGGCUAAUUUUUUGUAUUUUUAGUGGAGAUUGGGUUUCACCAUGUUGGCCAGGCUGGUUUCGAACUCCUGACCUUGUGAUCUGCGUGCCCUGACCUCCCAAAGUGAUGGUAUUACAUGAGUGAGCCACUGCACCUGGCUUUAGUUGUACCUUUUCUAGCAUGUUACAUAAAUGGAAUCAUAUAGUCUGUAGCCUUUGCAGACUGGCUUCUUUUACUCAGCCAGAUUGAGAGUGAUUUGUCCAAGUUGUUAAAUCUAUCAGUAUUUCAAAACCGAUCUUUAAAGACAUCAAAAAAAAAACAAAAAAAACACAUUGUAAUUUUGAAGCAUUAUUUCUUAAAAGAAAUGUGAAUCUGAAUUCUUAAACAGUUCUUAAAGUAGUGUUUGGCUCAAGAUUUUUAUGUUUAAAAGUAAAAUGAUAAAAUUUAUAGGGAGAAUUACUACUUCCACCUGAUUGAUAAAAACUGUGUGUGAAAUUAACACCCUUUAUGAAAAUUGUCAUUUUGAUCAUUGGAAGGGAACGUUCUUGUUUUUAGUAGUUGAUCCAUAUUAAAGAUCUGUAGAGUUGCAGCGAAGUCCAGAGUUGAAAAAGUGACUGUUUAAAUAUCAGUUUCUAAAAUGCAACCCCAAAGAUAGUGUGAUCAGUCCUGGUUUGCCCAGGACUUGCCCAGUAUUAGCAGCGGAAGUCUGGCUGCUCCUAAGAAACCCUUUGGUCCCAGUCAGACUUAGCAUGAUUGCUAGGACUCUUUUCCCUAUCUGAAAAGAGACACAAAAUCAGAGGAUUCCAGUUCAUCAGGUUUCAGUAGUGAACCAUCGGCCAAGUAUUUCAGCUAAUCUUAAAUUGCCGUCAGUGUGCUUAAGAGUCAAAAAUCUUUAAGGUAACCAGAACCCUAACCAUGUGAGGUUUUUAAAAUUAAGAUCAACACCUUGAAUUUAAAGUUUUGUGGCUAGAGGGUUAGAUUUUAUUGGAAUUAAUUUUGGUUAGUUUUAAUUUGAUGAUUCCUAGAGGCACUCAAGUUAAUCCUUUUAAAUUAGCAAUUAAAAAAAAAAAUUGUUAGAGUAAGCAGCUUCCCAAGCCUUGUGUGAAAAAGCUGGAUUGAAAGUCAAGUUUCCACUUAACCAGAGGGUCUUCUGUUUUCAGUUUUUAAAAUCAACUGACCUCUAAACCUCAAGUAGAUUUUAACUUCACUAGUCUGCUCCAUUUUCCUGACUUUUCACACCACCUGCCUCUUACAGAUUUCUUUAUAGAGCAUCUGUCUAUAAGCAGAUUGUUUUCCUGCUGCCUUCAUUGGAAUGUAAGCUUCUUGAAAGCCAGGGGCCCUAUGUGGCAUCUUAACCGCUGUGUCUUAGAGCUUAGAGUAGUGCAUUUUAAUUUCUAGUAAAUAAAUAUGAAAUUGGAUGAAAAAAAGAAUGAGUAGGUUUUAGAGUGCUGCAUGCUUUCCAGAUUAUUUUAACAGUCUAGGAGAUGUGGAAAGUUUUUGUUUUUAAAACAUUUAAAAGUCCACGUUUUGUUUCACAGAGGAAGUGAAAAUGUGGUCUUUAAAAAUUUUUGUUUCAUUAACCCUCUUUUAAGGGAAGGGAAUUUAGUAUGGUGACAUUAAACCUUCCUUAAAAAUGGCAAUUCAGAACCAGAGGAGAGAGCUGAAAGUGAGAGUAGAUUUGGAUUUGGAAAAAUUAUCUCUACUUUUGAUCCACAUCACCCUCUCCUGGUGUUUCCCUCCCCCUCUCCCUGUCCCUCUCCCUCCCUCUUCCCCUCUCCCUGUCCCUCUCCCUCCCUCUUCCCCUCUCCCUCUCCCUCCCUCUCCAUAGAGCAGGGUCUGAGGAAAUUGGUUUGGCGAAAGAGGAGAACUGAGUCACUUGAGAUUAGUACUUAGUAAGCAAGAGUGCUAAUGAAUGAUUUAAAAUCUGUAACCUGAGUAUAAACCAAUACAUAGAUUCUAAGUUAGUGCUGCUUAAGAGUUUAGUGAGCACCUAAGAGUCUCCCCAAGAGUUAGAAAAAACAUGUUUCCUAUCUGCAGCCCCAGACAUUCUGAUUUACUGUGGUGUAGAACUCAGGAGUCAGUAGUAUUAAUGGACAGUCUGGAGUAUUUGCUGAUGCAGUUGGUCUGAGGACGAUGCUUUGGAAAAACUGCUUUAGGUAGUAGAAAGACAGGACAGUUAUUUCAAAUAGACAAAUAUAGUUUGUUUUUAAGAUGAUAAAACUAGAAAGAUACUGAUUUUAUGUAUUUAAAAAGAAGUCUGCUUCUGACUGCUGUGGUUAUCCAAGAAGGCACCCCAGAAAAACUGUUGGCUGCUGCUGUCUGGUAUAUGCAGAAAUGUGUAGUUUAAAAAAGCCUUUGUGGGCUUGCACUGAGGAGCCAACCCAUUUUAUACAGUGAAAAGAUUGCAUUAUAUUUAAAUUGACCCUUGUAUUCCAAAGUCUGAGUUACGAUGUUUCUUUUUUGAGAUGGAGUCUCGCUCUAUUGACCAGGCUGGAGUGUAGUGGUGCAGUCUCAGCUCACGUCAGCCUCCUGAGUAGCCCUGGAUUACAGGCGCCCACCACCACGCCUGGCUAAUUUUUUUAUUUUUAGUAGAGAUGGGGUGUCACCAUCUUGUCCAGGCUGCUUUUGAACUCCUGACCUCGUGAUCCACCCACCUCGGUCUCCCAAAGUGCUGGGAUUACAGGUGUGAGCCACUGCGCCUGGUCUAUGAUGUUUCUUAAAGAUUCAAAGAUGGAUCCUGGGAAUUUGAUUCAGCUUCCAUUUCAUCUGAGAGUUAAUCCUCACAGUAACUCUGAGAUAGGUUAAUAAUAAAUUCUCCUGUUCACAGAUACUCCAUUAAUCCUCACAGUAACCUAUGAGAUAGUUUAAUUAAACCUACUUCACAGAUGAGGAAAGUGAGGCCGAAGAGGUUGAGUGAUUUGCCCAAGGUUGUAACAGCAAGAAUUAGUGGUGAAGCAAGAAUUCAAAUCCAUACUGGUCUUAAUCAGUGAGCCCUCCUGUGAUAGAAAUUAGAUACCACUCUGAUAACUUUGGGAGCCAGUGGUGAAUGUACUUACUUUAGGCUUUACAUACUGUGUAAUUUGUUGGUCAUUUUGUUCUUAGAGAGGUGGUGAUCUUAAUAAAGUUUUUACUUUAUUAAGUAAAAGAAAGUACUUUUUUUUUUUUAAAGACAGGGUUUCACUAUAUUGGUCAGGCUAGUUUUGAACUCUUGACCUAAGAUGAUAUGCCCGCCUCAGUCUCCCAAAGUGCUGGGAUGACAGGUGUGAGCCACUGUGCCCGGCCUGAAAGUAAGUUUUUACUUACAUUACAACUAAAACAAUUCUUUAAACUUUCCUAAGUUGAAGUUUUACAUCAUAAAAUUAGUUGAAAAAGAUGUAAUUGCCAGCGUAUUGUAAAUACUGGUAUUUUAAAAUAAGCUGUUUUAUCACUUUUAAGAAAAACCUUUGUAAUUUAGUGCAUUGUAAUAGUGUAUUGAGCUAAUGUCCACUAUAAUCCAUUUAAACAUAGGCGAACUAUGCAAAUGUUUUUCCUCUUGAAAAUGUAUUUGUGAUACAUUUCCUCUACAAAACUUUAUGCUAAUAAAUGUUUAUGAAUCUCUUGAUAAUCUUUUCAUUUCUUGUAAGUUUUUUAUAUAACUUGAAAUGUUUAAUAUACUGUAGCCAUAAGGCACCAAAUGUUCAUGGUGUUUUCUGGAUUAUUUCACAUUGUUUCUACUAAUUAGUUGAUCAGAACAGCAAAUUGUAUAAAUUGACACUUGGAGUAAAAUUUUAUUGGAAGUGUAUUUCCUAAAAAAUGGGAGAAGACAUAAUGGCUUCAAUUAAAGUUUGCAUUUACCAAUCUUUCAAA